UUCUGUUUCCUGCACCAGGCUAGAGACAAGUUGAGAGCGAGAAAGAGGGUUUGCUCGUUGUGCUCUCUGAAAGAAAGGAAAUUCACGGUAAAGUUACAAUUUAGUACGACCAAAAUAAUAGUUAUUCAAUUGUAUAGAAGAUACGGAUUCACUUUUAAUUGCACAGACGAAAAUUUUAACGUGUAGCCUAGACAGGCACACCGAGGUUUUUGCAACGAAGAGGCAGAAGGGAAAGAAAGGCUAUUAUACCCCUUCGUUUGAAACCUUUUAAGCUAACCUACCUCCAGGAUGUCGGAGCGAGGAGGGCUCCCGCGGACUGGAGGUGCCCCCUCCCCGCACUUGCAACCCUCCAAACCGGUCACGAUCACCUCGAAUCGCCCUGUCCACAUGAACCUAUACGCCACCUGGGAAGUGGACCGCUCUUCACCAAGCUGUGUGCCGAGGCUGUUUAACCUGACCCUGAAAAAGCUGAUCAUGUUGAAGGAGCUGGACAAAGACCUGACGUCUGUGGUCAUCGCUGUCAAACUACAGGGUUCUAAGCGUAUCCUGAGGUCCAAUGAGAUCUUGUUGUCUUCAGCGGGACUGACAGAGACAGACCUUCAGCUCACCUUCUCUCUACAGUACCCCCACUUCCUGAAGAGAGACGCCAACAAGCUUCAGAUCAUGCUGCAGCGUCGCAAACGCUAUAAGAACCGAACCAUCCUGGGCUACAAGACACUGGCGCUGGGUCACAUCAACAUGGCUGAGGUGAUGCAGCAUCCCAGUGAGGGGGCCCAGGUGUUGGGGCUCCACAGCCAGUUGAAGGAUGCCUCAGUGCCCGUGGCGGAGGUCAGGGUCUACUCCCUCUCCAGCCAGCCCAUUGACCACGAGGGACCCAAGGCCAAGAUGUCUGAUCGUUCUCCAGACAUUGAUAACUAUUCUGAGGAAGAAGAGGAGAGCUACUCAUCAGAACAGGAGGGCAGUGACGACCCGAUCCACGGCCAGUAUCUGUAUGAUGAAGAGGAUGAGGUGAGGAAGAAGAAGCCCCGACGGAAGCUCACUUCCAACGCUUCCAUCACUAGACAACCAAACAUCAAGCAGAAGUUUGUGGCUCUGCUGAAAAGGUUCAAGGUUUCUGAUGAGGUGGGUUUUGGUCUGGAGCAUGUCUCUAGUGAACAGAUCCAGGAAGUGGAGGAGGAUUUAGAUGAGCUCUAUGACAGUCUGGAGAUGUACAACCCCUCUGACAGUGGCCCUGAGAUGGAAGAGACGGACAGCAUCCUCAGCACACCCAAACCUAAACUCAGGCCGUUCUUUGAGGGAAUGUCCCAGUCCAGCUCUCAGACGGAAAUCACCAGCCUGAACAGCAGAGGAGGGAGCCUGGGACGAGACGCCUGCUUCAGCCCUCAGGGGGAGCAGCGGCCUGUGGAGAUGAAACACUCUCGCAGUCGUAACCUGGAGGUGGAGACCCUCUCUGAGACGGACACGCUGGAGUUGACGGAUCAGGAGAUGUUUCCGGAGGGCCCCUGUAUUACGGUGUCAGGGGCUGAGAAACCCCGUACGCCCCUGAAGAGCAGCAAGAGUGGAGGAGGACAGACCAUGCCCUCCCCCAGGCUGGAUGGCAGGGGCCCCACCCCCAAACAGAAGAGACAGAGUAGUACUCCUAUGAAAGAGAGACAGCUGUCUAAACCAAUCAGUGAAGGGGGGAGGACCAACAGCUCCGACAGCGAGAGAUCCCCCGAACUGGGACACAGCUCACAGGUUCUGAGGAAGGCGGUGUAUGAUCAGCUGAACCAGAUCCUUCUGUCUGACGCGGCUCUGCCUGAGAGUCUCAUCCUGGUCAAUGGCACCGACUGGCAGGGCCAGUACGUGGGAGAGCAGCUGCAGGUACAGAGGCACCCGGUGGUGUGUACGUGUUCAGGAGCUGAGAUCCAGGCGGUGCUGUCUGCUGUCCUCACACGCAUCCAGAAGUUUUGUAACUGUAACUCGUCCAUGCCCAGGCCGGUCAAGGUGGCAGUGGUGGGUAGUCAGAGCUACCUUGGUGCCAUCCUGCAGUUCUUUGUCACACAGUUGGCAAGCAAGACCUCUGAUUGGCUCAACCACCUGAGGUUCCUGGUGGUGCCCCUGGGCUCUCAUCCUGUUGCUAAGCACCUGGGUGCCAUAGACAACCGUUACACCUCUGCGUUCUUAGACGGGGCGUGGAGAGACAUGUUCAGCCGCUCUGAACCCCCACAGACAGACCUGUUGGACGUGGCCGGUAGGAUCUCUCAGUACGUCAGUGGCGCCACCGUCACACACCAGCUGCCCAUUGCUGAGGCCAUGCUUACCUGCAAACACAGGACGCACGAUGAAGAUUCCUACCAGAAGUUCAUUCCUUUUAUUGGGUUGGUCAAGGUUGGUCUGAUUGAGCCAGACACUUCCUCUACAGGAGACACAGAAGAGGGCGUGGCAGGGAGCUUGGCUGUUCCCUCUACGUCCCCUCCCUCCCACGGCUCUCCCACCGGGCUGAUCAAAGAGGCUGCCACUCCCCCCUCCUCUCCGUCUAUGAGCAGUGUUCUCGCAGUACAGGGGAGCCCCAGUAUGUCCCAAGGUGUGGACGCCAUUGGGUUGCAGGUGGACUACUGGCUGGCGUCGCUGGCGGAGAAACGCCGAGAGGGCGAACGGCGCGACACAGGCUGUAAGAACACCCUGAAGAGUGCCUUCAGAUCCCUGCAGGUCAGCAGGCUACCAGGAGGGGGCAGCAGUGAGACACAGGCCCAGGUCAGCACCAUGGCCAUGACCGUGGUCACCAAGGAGAAGAACAAGAAGGUUCCCACCAUAUUCCUGGGUAAGAAGCCGAAGGAGAAGGAUGUCGACUCUAAGAGCCAGGUCAUUGAGGGUAUCAGCAGACUCAUCUGUUCUGCCAAGCAGCAUCAAACCAUCCUGAAAGUGUCCAUAGACGGAGUGGAGUGGAAUGACGUCAAGUUCUUCCAGCUGGCUGCUCAGUGGCCCACCCAUGUCAAGUAUCUCCCUGUUGGACUGUUUGGUUACAACAAACCCCCCUCCUAGGGUCCACCCUGUACCCCUCGCCCAAUCCCGUCCCACCUACGCACACAGACCCCCGCCUCUCGGAACGCCGUGGCGACUAAUAUCGGUCAAUUACGAUGAAGGGUUGAGGGGCCGAAUGUAUUUGCUAUGUUUUGUCUUAUUUCUCUAUAGUAGGGAGGGAGAGAUGGGUCGGAUAUGGGGUGCAACGCUAUUAGUCACUUUAAUGAAUUGAAAUGCCCCUCUCUGUCUAGCGUGUGUGUAUGAGGGGCCCACAGCACAAGAUAACGGACUGCCGUUCAACUAAUCCUAACGAUGAGAUGCACCCGCAUGAAUAACUCCCAUGACGAGCCCUGACCCUUGACCCCUGACAUCUGACCCUUUAACCCUUAACCUUUAAAACCCUGACCGGGUAGUUCUCUUAUCACCUUGAACCUGCCCGGUGUCAUCAAAGGCCAACCUGCAUGCUGUACUACUACACCACCACGUGCCAGGACAUGUUAUAACAGUAAUGCCACGGUUAUUAUGGGGUAUGGAGGGGAACUUGGGAUCCAAACAUACUGUACAUGUGCAUGAAAUGGAAUGAACAACAGACGACACCUACAGUAGCAAUGCUUUUUCUGCUCCCUAAUUACAUGAAAAUGCUUUUUUUCUCUCACCAAUGAUGUACAGUAAGUUGACAUGUUAUGCAUACGAAGAGCAGAAAAUAUAAGAGAAGGCUCUAGUUUUUUUGUAACGACAUUUGAACUCCCUGUGUACAGCGAGGGCGCCGACUUAAGAGCUCACUGUUUGCCCCAACUUUACUGAGAAGAGGCAACAUUUCUGCUGUCUGUAAGGCUUGUCCCUUUAUCAACCUCAGUUGUUGUUGUCAGCGUUGCUCUCUUGAUCCACCCUCCACUGUAUAGUCCUCCUUCCGCUUGUGGACGUACAGUAUAUCACCUGUGUGGGGCUGUUGCAUGCUGGGAUUUGUAGGCUGAGGCUCGUGCUGAGGUUAAAUUGGGGGACAAGAGCUGUGACCGUCAUCUUCAUUUUUUGCGAUGCACUUCUAGUAACUAUAGUAGUAUCUUACUCCAAAGCACAAUGUCGCACGCUACUAGUGACUUUUUAUCCCUGUCUUUACCUGUCAAGGAUUGCAAAAUUCCAGUAACUUUCCCAAAAUUACCAAGUUUUCCAGAAAUCCUAGUUGGAAGGUUUCUGGAAUUAGGAGGGAAUAAGUAGUAAAUCCGGAAUCUCCCGACCUGGAUUUCUGGAGAACAUGCAUUUUCCAGCCCUGCCUGUGAUAGACGGGCAGCGUUCACGCCACUGAAAUGGUGGUGUGUUGUGUCUAGGGUGUUGUGAGGUGGCCAGUGUCCAGUGACAGGUGUGUUAUUAUGUAAUGUGGUAAAAUGAAAAACAAUAUUGAAAUAUCUAUGAAACCAAUUUUAUAAGUAACCCACGCGACACAGUAUGAUUGUUUUAUGUGUGUGGCCACGUGUUUGUGUCGAGAUGUGGUCAAUAUCGCUUUAUGAGUUCUGUAGGCUGCCGGUAUCAGCGGCCAGACGUUUGCCUUGUAGACUGACACAGAUAGGUGACACCAAAUUACCUUUUUAAGAGCUACUAACGGCUCUGGUGCUUUUUAAGAAGAACCUGCAGACAAAUAAUUUGUAUCCAAAGAAUUUGACUUAAAUAAUUGAUUUUCAAUUUAGUAGCAAAGUCUAUGGUCUAAUAAUGUACCUGCAAAGUACAUUCAAAUUAGUAUAUUUUGAAUGAAAUGGCAAUGUGUUGUAAGCAAAACACUAGUUCGCUUGCUGUCUAAAAUGAAAUCUAACGAGUGUUGAGUAGCUUAGCCUUGUGUCACCUACAAAGUAACCUUCCCCAUCUGCGGAGUGAAGAAUUGUGACAAAUAUCAAGUAUUACAAUGCCAAUGUCUCGAUUUUUGCUGUUAUUAUUAUGAUUUUCAGUGUAACUUAGAGGUAGGUUUUUAGCUUAGGUGUAACCGUGUUAAAAAUUGUGACGUCAACGCCUUGUGUAACUCAAAUCUGGCCCUGUUGUCUUUUGGGGGGGGGGGGGGGGGGGGGCUCGUACAAAGGAAGGUUUUUGCACCAAGGGCUUCAAACUGAUUGAGAGCAUAAGUACACAGCAAUGCAUGUUACACAAAUCAGUCUGAAUGAUAGUAUGUACAGAUCUCAGACAACAAGGAUGUAUUUCCAAAAAUCAUUAGAGGUAUCAUCUGAACUUAAUUUGAAUGUGCAGAUAAUAUUCAUUGUUAGUUUCUAUUAUCUCUUCUCGGUCUUGUCGACAAAAGCUUUAUCGUUUAGUAAACAUACAUUUUGGAGGUUUUAACACCAUUUUACCAGUCCAGAAUAGGGUUGCAAAGGGAGGAUAUAUUACUGGAAACUUUGUAAGUUUGCCAGUAAACUACCACAAUUUUUGUAACUUUCAAGGAUUUUAUGUAAUUUAUCCCAUCUAUUGGCCAUUUUGGGUACUUCAGAUUAUCACAGAUGUCUUUCACUAUCUGUGGCCUAAUCACCUAUAUAAAAUAUAAUAUAAUCAAAUAAGAUUUUAAAUUUUAAAAAAUGGAAUGACAAAGCUGUAAAACGUUCCUAAGUAUUAAUAAUCAACUUAGUGAAUACCAUUGGUGAUUAAUAUGAGGGUUUCAGCAUGACAUGUCAACCAUAACAUUUUUUUACACUCUUAUUUAUUUUACUAUGUCAAUAUGCCUUUAUUGUAAAUAUGAUGGCAGUUGUGAAAAAAGUCAAUAGUUGGAAUAGUUGCAGAGUUAAUUAAGAAUAAUGCCAUUGUUGAUUAGAUGCUUUUUAAAAUUAAUUUGGCUAUUUUCUCUUGAUCAGAGGGUGUAUCCACUAGGAACUUAUGGAUAUUAUGGACACAGAUAUGACAUUAAUUUUUUAAGUCAUUUAGCAGACGCUCUUAUCCAGAGCGACUUACAAAUUGGUGCUUUCACCUUAUGACAUCCAGUGGAACAGCCACUUUACAAUAGUGCAUCUAGGUCUUUUAAGGGGGGGGGGGGGAGGGGGAGAAGGAUUACUUCUUCUUUAUUAAUACUAUCCAUGAUUUUUUUUUUUUUUUUUACAUUUACUCAAGUUUAAAUGAACAAAGUUACCAUCGAAUGCUAUAGAUUCCGGCAACUUUUGUAAAUUACUGGUAGCUUUACCCUAGUCCAUAACCACCUGUUAUUUCACUAGAACAUUUUUGUUUUAUUAUAGAAGAAAACACACCAUAAUAAUCUCUCUCAACUCCAUAGUCAGUUGACCUUGUAACCUCUGUGAGCUUGAAUACUUUGUGCAACUUCCCUGUGAGUAUCAAACAGAGAUACGGCAAAGGCAGUGGUCCUCUUGAAAUCAGACCAUUUUAAACCCUGCUUCUCAUAGCAAGUGUCACUGCCCACCAGUCAAGGGCUAGACCCAGACCAAUGCCUUCAUGUGGACUUGGACUCUUAAUGCAUAUUUUAACUGAGACUGUAUCCUACUGUAUGAAUGUUAUGUACAACAGGGUUUUCUCUAUGGGAGAGACGUUUUUGCUUGAGGAUAGUGAACCCUACCUGUAGCUACGCUACUCCCUAACCACAGAUCUAGGAUCAGAUUACAAUUACCCCCCCUAGUUCUAACCAUAACCAUUAGGGGGAUUAAAAGAUAUCGGACCCUGUGUCAGUGGUUAGGGGAGACUUCUACCGUCUCUGAGCAGAACAAAGAGGUCCAAUUUCUCUAUGCCUUGCAGCGUGUUAUUAGCGUAAUAAGGAGUAUAAGAUAGAAUCAUAUAUUUGAACUCCCGUCUCUUCAUAGGGGGAUCAUAAGCAUUCACUGAAUGGGACAAAGAAAUCACUGCCAAGAUGUCAAAUGUUACAUGGAUAUAACACCAAGCUGAAGCGGGGGUGAUGUAGAUAUAGGUGUUAAAUGUUUUUGGUGAUAAAACUUUGCUCCAAAGUAAUACUUUUAAUGUUGGAAACAUUAUUUUUUUCCCACUAUACAUUCCAAUGUUUACUCCUCUCUCCUCUCCCCCCCCCCGUUUCCAGUUCAGUCCCUUCUGUCACCUGUUGUACCAUUUAACAUGUUUGUUUUUCCUACCUUCUCUAGGCCUAUUUGUCCUGUGUGGCUGUACCUGUAUUGACCUGUAGUUACUCUUAUGUCCAUGACUAACGUAUAGGGACAGCGGUUUUUGCUGACCAUGUGACCCGGGCCAGGAACAAUCCUGGGCCUUAUAUAGUCUUUUGAGUACAGGGCUCAGACUGUCUCCCGAAACGGGUCAUAUGGUCCUGAAACACUUCUGUCCUGGAGGGGAAGAACAAUAUGAUCUAUUAAUAUGAAUAAAUCAAUUUAGCAGAUCAAUACUGUCCUUCCUCUCUGCUAUCAUCACAAUGUGUUUCAGAACAAAUGGAGUGAGAGAUCUAGAACAAACCGUAAGCUAUCUAGAGUCUCUGGCAGGAUUCCACAAGCUUUGCUUCUAAUAAAGCCCAUUUUGAAAGGAUCCCUGCUUGUAAACAUAGCACCCUAUCACAGAAGAGAAUCUCUUUUUGCAUAACACUGCUUAGACUACACUUAUGCUUGGUUGUAGUUUGAGGGGAGGAUUCUAAUGCUUGUGCAUUUGGAGAGUAAUUUUGCAUAUGCCAUUGUUUCUUCAGCAGCUUUUUUGCCUUUUGUCUAUAAACAGUAAUAAUGCUUGUACAUAUCACAACAGUACUUCUGUAUUGUAUCUUAGUCCUUGUUUUUUUUUAUUUGAAAUGUUUUGUAGUACUUUUUCAUGAUUAUGUUGUCAAUUAAACUGAUGUGGGAUGGAAAAGUGGAA